GCAACGCUGAUUACGCCAGCUUGGACUCUUUCCUAGUACAACUACUUGACUUCCAACCUUACACUGCCCGCGCAUACAUUCUGCUUACGAUGACCCCACUCUUCGGCGACGAGCUCACACGGCGACGGAAAGAGAUCAACCUCGGCGGCAUCCGCUCCGCCUCCAAUUAUUCAGAUAUCCUUCACGAGGCGAAGAAGGCACGCUCCCAGCGGCAUGACCUCAAACGCAGGCAGGAUAGCGCUACUAAGAUCCAGGCGUGGUGGCGGGGCUCCUUGCAGGCUCGUGAGACGAGACAGGAGCUCCGGAGGACGUUUGCGCAGGAUGUGGUGGGCUUGACGGGCUUGAGGUGUUUAGUGCUCAUUGGUAAGGAUGAGGACGUCCUGGGUCAGUGGUCGACUGCAGUAGCGAAUGGACGACAAGAUGUCCUUCUGCAUGACGAGCCGAGUUGGCAUACCCUACUCAAACGAACAGCCCUGCUACUCCUCGAAUCGCUAUCGCUUGAGCCACAAUCUCAAUAUGCGCUAUCUCAUCUGACCGUUCUCAACUCCCUGCUCUCAAGCACACCAGCCAAAGCCGAGUACGUUGAAUAUCUACUCGAUCGCGGCUAUUAUCGCCUCCUGGGUCAGGCGCUCUUACAAAUCCCUGUCGAGUCCAAGGCAAAGUCUCCCAGUCUCCCGCCACUCGUCUCUCUCAUCACACUUCCUCUGUCCUAUUCGGUCCUUCUGCCGCAAUGUCUGACAGAUCUGGUAAUCUAUAUCCUCACCAUCCCCCUCCUUCCCAACCGUCUGCCGAUAGAAUCUCUCAAGGCAUUCACCCGAGCGCUGCCGCUCUCCUCGCUGCAUAUAGUCGCCCCCUCCAUCGAGUCGCUAGUGAGCAGCCCGCCACUCUCGCCACCUGAACCCAAGAUCCACUUGCUCGCAAAUCUCGUCAUGUUUGCACCUCCCGCCUACCCCAAGCUCUCCCCCGCAGCGUUCGACGCGUAUCUGCAGCUAAUGUCCGCGCUCAUGAACCACCUCCCAACGCACGCGCUCGAGCCGCCCGAAAAGAAGGAAGACGCGCGCAACUGGGCGGAUGGCGACGAGUCGGACGAGGACGAGGAUGCGAUCCAGGUGUCCGUCGUAACCUCGUUCGAGCCGAAGUCCAUCCUCCCAGAGCUCGAUAAUCGCACACGGAUGCGGUUACAGACCCUCCCGUCCCCGGACCACCUGCACGCUCUGUUGCAGGCGGCUCAGCGCCAUCCGUCCAGGCUCAGUCUCAUCUCGUUUUUCUUUGCGCUUACGAAUGUGUGGCCGUCGAGGAAGGAUAAGGUGUUGGGUACUGUAGUCGCGUUCAAUAGGGGCGGGCUCGUAAGGGAGAUAUACCGCCUCUAUGUCAGGAGUUCACCAAUUGGACGAGAAGACACGUUGGAUAAGCUAACAAGCCCCGAAUUCGCCGAUUCUUGGCCCCCACUGCUGUUUCUCAUCGACCUCUAUACGCAGGCGCUGCUCACGAUGGGCGACGACGAGUUCUUCUCGAGUGCGCUGGGCACGAAUGCACCGCGCAACCCGCUCGCGCUCGACGAGAUCGUGUCAUUCUCGCGCCGCCUGCUCAAUGCCGCAUUCACGCUGUAUUGGCGCGAGGACUUGGGUGGCGCGGUUCCCGGCCUCGGAGUCUUGCAAUGGGCUACGGUGAGGUUUCAGCUGGCGAAGUGCUUGCAGGCAAUACAUGCGAGAGACUCGAGAAGGCGUUUCACUCCCCCCGACCAUUGGCUGGUUACUUCUCAAGUGGACAUGACCACGUUCAUCCAGGCCGCCGUCAUCGAAGAGCAGAACCUCGCGCAGCCACAUGGAGCACACCCGCUCACCAAGCGGCAGGUCGCGUACCUCUCGCCGCGGCUCGGCGUGCUGAACAACAUCCCGUUCGCCAUCCCGUUCGAGACGCGCGUCGCCAUCUUUCGCAACUUCAUCCGCAAUGACAUGGCGACGCGCGGCGUGCGGGAAACUCCGCACUUUGCACGGCAGCGCGUCGUCGUGCGCCGCGGAUCUGUCGCGCAGGACGGGUUUGACAAGCUCGAGGAUGCGGAUUUGCAUGCGCCGAUCAUGAUCACGUUUGUGGACCAAUUUGGGAACGAGGAGGCCGGUAUCGAUGGCGGAGGCGUCUUCAAGGAAUUCUUGACAUCUCUGUGCAAGGAGGUGUUUGAUACCGACCGCGGGUUGUGGCUCGCGAACAAGGCGAACGAACUGUAUCCCAACCCUCACUCCUAUGCCACUGAGUCCCACAGCUUGAGUUGGUACCGCUUCAUCGGCCGCAUCCUGGGCAAAGCACUGUACGAGGGAAUUCUCGUCGAUGUCGCGUUUGCUGGCUUCUUCUUGGCAAAGUGGCUCGGGAAGCAGAGCUUCCUCGACGAUCUUGCGUCGCUGGAUCCGGAGCUGUAUCAGGGUCUCAUCUUCCUGAAGCACUAUGAAGGGAACCCGGAAGACCUCACCCUGAACUUUACUGUUGCCGAACAAGAAUUCGGCGUGACAAGGACCAUCGAACUGAUCCCCAAUGGCAGCAACAUCGCCGUGACUCGCGAGAACAAAUUACAAUACAUCUAUCUCGUCUCACAUUACCGCCUCAAUAAGCAAAUCAAGAAGCAGAGCGAGGCCUUUUUCGAGGGUCUCUCGGACAUGAUUGACCCCAAAUGGCUAAGGAUGUUCAACCAACAGGAACUGCAGAUCCUGCUGGGCGGUGUCAAUUCACCGAUUGAUCUCGACGAUCUCCGGCAAAAUACCAACUAUGGUGGGCUGUACGACGAUCAUCACCCGACGAUCGAGAUUUUCUGGAGGGUUGUCAAUUCCUUCGACCAGGAAAAGCGCCGCGAACUCUUGCGAUUCGCGACGAGUUGCAGUCGGCCUCCUUUACUCGGCUUCAAGGAACUCGUUCCGAACUUUUCCAUCCGAGACUCCAGCUCAGAUGAGAACCGCCUGCCGACCGCUAGUACGUGCGUGAAUCUCCUCAAGCUUCCCCGGUACCAGAGCGAGAAGGUCCUCCGCGAAAAGCUCGUUCAGGCCAUCACCUCCAAUGCCGGUUUCGACCUAUCAUAAAUACGGGUAUCCUUGCCGUUGCCGUGUGUUUCUGUAGCAUGUUGAAAUUUUAGAUUUGGUGUAAUUGUAGCAAUGUACCAUAAGUGCAUU